AUGGUCCAAUUUCUUCUUUCACAUGGUGCAAAUAUCAAUGAAGAAAAUGAUAUAGGAGAUACUGUUUUUCAUUGUGCAGCAUUUUGUAAUAGUAUAGAAACGGUCGAAUUUCUUCUCUCACUUGGCGUAAAUAUAGAUGAGAAAAAUGGAUAUGGAUCCACUGCUCUUAUCUGUUUUGCAAUUAAAGAGAAUACUGAAAAAAAAACGGGAGAAUUUAUUCUAAAACAUGGUGCAAAUGUCAAUGAAAAAAAUAAUCGUGGAGAAACCACUCUUCAUAAUGCAGCACGUAAUAACAAUAUAAAAAUAGCGGAGCUUCUAAUUUCACAUAGUGCAGAUAUCAAUGAAAAAAAUAAUCAUGGAGAAACCGCUCUUCAUUAUGCAGCAGAGUCUGAAAGUGAAGAUAUAAUCAAACUUCUUAAAUCACACGGUAAAAAUAUCAAUGAAAAAGAUAAUGAUGGAAAAACUGCUCUUCAAUAUGCAAAAGAAAGAAAAAUGGUCAAAAUAACCAAACUUCUGGCUUCACAAGAUUCAAAAGUAGAACAUUCCCCUAGAAAACUAGGUUGUUGCGAAAUUUUUUGA